AUUCCUUAACAUAUUAACAAAAAUUUCCUCAAAACUAAUAUAUGUAUUCAACAGGAAUCCAUGUUAUGAAGGCCAUUAAUACAAUCAAUGAUUUAAUCAAAGUCUUAGAUGAUAAAGAAGCAGCAAACCAAUGCGAAAAUAUUUUAAUCAUAAUUCAUAAGAAACAUUCCCAAAUCAUAAAUAUUCUCUCGACACUCAAUGAAAUAAUUUAUUCCAUUUCCCUGGUGCAACUUUUCACUAGUACUUUUAUGUUUUUGGUUUUGUUUACGUCCGCAAGAACUCAGCCGAUGGAAAUUGUCUUUUACCUCUUCAUGCUCUGUGUCGUCUCCCAACUUUUCCUUCUGUGCGCUUUUGGCGAAGUGAUAUUUUCCAAAACACAAGAUAUUUUUACAGAACUCUAUCUGACCAAAUGGUAUGACAUGAACUUGAAUAAUCAAAGGGCCAUCCUCAUGAUGAUGCAAAUGGCAAAAGCUCCUUAUGGAUUGAAAGCUGGAGGAAUGUUCGACAUCAAUAUGUACACCUUUAUUCAGAUUGUAAAAAUGGCAAUUUCUUACUGUGCCAUCAUCAUCACUCUCACAUAGAGUGAUAAAAUGAGAUUUAUCAAAUAGAAAUUUGUAGUAGAUGUUGACCAUUAUAUCGUUGUAAAAACCUGAAACUCUGCUGAAAUUGUUUUCAAUAAAAUAUU